ACGUUUUUGUUUUGAAAAUUCGUUUCUGCACAUUCGAAUUCAUGCCGCGAAACCCCUGCUCCAUCGCGACCCGUGUCUCCUUCCACAACCCAUCACCUCCCGGCGACGCCGUCUCUCUCAUCAGUGCCACCGAGCGGCACUCCUCUGUGUGCCCAGUGCCUCCACUGUCCCGUGAGCUCGUUUGAACGGAGGAAAAAAUAUUUGAAUCCCGCGAAACCCCCUUCCUCGCCACGAACCCGCGUCCGUCGGGUUUCGCUUGCCAGCGCCACCUCGCGACGGCUUCCUCUUCCCAGCGCAACCUCGAGCCGCACGUACGUUUGCCCAGCGCCGCCGCUCCCCGCGAGCUGAUCGAACGGACCAAACCAACGACGGGCUUGUAAGUUGAAAUUUGGGGAUCUGAAAGGAGCAUUGUUAGACACAGAAUUUGCAAUGCGUGACGGAGACAACAAUGUGAAAGCCUUGUUCCGCCAGGGUCAGAUGCCACCUUAUAUGUCCUACCCUCUGCCGAGUAAUCCAGAUGACUUGAGGCAAGAAGUGCCCCCGACGUCAACUAUGCCAACCGAUACCACAUUUGAACAAAAUCUUGGAAGUACAUCACGGAUGACUGCUGAAAGUUGUCUUGAUGCCAACGACAUGGUUUUCGACAUAAAUGAAGAUUUAGAGGGUACCACUGUUGUCGAGGAUGAUGAGGUACGAGUUGAAGCACCAAGAUCUGGGAUGGAAUUUGACAGUAUGAAAGAUCUUAUUGCCUACUAUAAGCUGUAUGCGAAGCAAGAGGGUUUUGGUGUACGGACACAAAGGACUAGGAAAGAUGAUGAAGGGAGGCCUGUGUACGUGACUGUUGGUUGUGCCCGUGGCGGAAAGUACAAUCCUACGAACAAUAAUAUCUCGAAGCCACGGCCAACAACUAGAACGGAUUGUAAAGCGAGAGUAAAUGCGACAUUGAGCAAGAAUGAUAAAUGGGUUGUCACCACUGUUGAAAAUCUGCACAACCACAUAACUGUGAGCCCCAAAAAGACAAGAUUCUUGCGAUCUCACAAACAUCUAGAUGAAUACAGUCAAAGGAUCCUCGACCUAAAUGAUCGAGCCGGUAUACGAAUGAACAAGAAUUUUUAUUCUCUUGUCGUUGAUGCGGGGGGCUUUGAGAAUCUUCAGUUUCAAGAGAAAGAUUGUCGGAAUUUCAUUGACAAGGCUCGACAUUUAAGGUUGGGUAAAGGUGGUGGCGAAGCACUUAAUCAGUAUUUCCAAAGAAUGAGAGAUCGGAAUGAUGGAUUCGUUUCUAACAUGGACUUGGAUGAUGAGGGAAGGUUACGGAAUGUAUUUUGGGCUGAUGCUCGGAGUCGAGCGGCGUAUGAGUAUUUCGGAGACGUAGUAACAUUUGAUACAACGUACCUAACAAAUAGGUACGGGAUGCCUUUUGCGCCAUUCGUUGGUGUUAAUCAUCAUGGUCAGUCCAUAUUAUUCGGAGCGGGAUUGCUUUCAAACGAGGACACUGAAACUUUUGUGUGGUUGUUCCGAAUGUGGUUGGAUUGUAUGAAUGGUCGGGCGCCCAAAGCCAUGAUAACCGACCAAGAUCGGGCAAUGAAGAGUGCGAUUGCCAUUGUAUUCCCUGAAACUCAUCACAUAUAUUGUUUAUGGCAUAUAAUGCGCAAACUUCCAGAGAAGUUAGGAUCUCAUGCGCAAUUCAAUGCGGGGUUGAAGACUGACCUUCAGACUGCAUUAUAUGACUCACAUACCAGCGGUGAAUUUGAUGAGAGCUGGGGUCAAGUAAUUGCGAAGUAUGAUCUCCACGGCAAUAAAUGGCUUCAAUCCUUAUAUGAGGAAAGGUCUUUUUGGGUUCCAGCCUACUUGAAAAGUGUAUUCUGGGCUGGAAUGAGCACAACACAAAGGUCGGAAAGCAUGAAUGCAUUUUUCGACGGGUAUGUCCAUUCCAGUACCACGUUGAAGGAAUUCGUCGACCAAUUUGAUAAUGCUCUUAGAAAGAAGGUGGAGUUAGAGACAAUGGCUGAUUUCAAUUCUAACAACCAAACUAUUCCCUGCUUGUCCCAUUUUAAUAUUGAGAAGCAGUUCCAAAGGUUAUAUACAAAUGCAAAGUUCAAAGAGGUACAAAGAGAGUUGCUGGGCCUAAUGUGUUGUAAUUGUUCCUUGGUAAGCACAGAAGGGUGCAUUUUAAAAUACCAAGUGUCGGAUGAAAUAUCUACUGAUGACCACAUCAAAACACUCCAUUUCUUUGUUUACUUUAACGAAGAGGAGGUGGAGGUCAAAUGCACGUGUGCACUGUUUCAGAUGAGGGGGAUUUUAUGUAGGCAUGCACUUAGAGUUUGCCAAUUCAAAAAGAUUAAUGUGCUGCCAGAUGUAUAUGUGUUGGAUCGUUGGAGAAAGGACUUAAAGAGGACAUACACAUUAGUCAGAAGUAGUUACGAUGACCAGCGGGAUAGAGCAGACGCACGGAAUUAUGAGCGCGUGCUUAAAAGAUGUUCGAAAUUAGCGACGAAGAUAUCCUCUGAUAAUGAGAAAAUCAGUGCGUUCUUGCGUGUUGUUGAUGAGUUUGAGACAAAAUGUGAAGGUUCAACACUAGAGUCGGCAUAUGAACAAACGAAGGCCAAAGCAAAUGUCGUCUUGGAUAAGGGUAAGAAGAUACUAAGCCCCAACGUGACUCGAGGGAAAGGGAGACCCCCAAGUAAGAGGAAGGUUCCACCAGUGGAAAAGUUGGCACCAAAGAGAAAGAAACCGACUUCCAGGAAAAUUUUGGUAGAUGAAACACAAUGGGGUGAGACACCGGGAUCUGAACAACACCAAUUUGAUUAUGGGGUUGAUGUUGGAACACAAAACAGCAUUCUUACACAAUCAACGCCAGAGAUGUGUCACCAUCUCGAUCCACACUUAUAAUCCCAUGGUGAUGAGAAGCCACAUUUUUUUGAAGCUCUUGGAGAGGAUCUACCACCGUGACUGAAUUGCUGUUUUUGUGUCUUUUAGAGGGUUGGGUGGUAGUUUGUGUAUAUGCAAGUGUGUCUUUUUUGUUCCAAAUGGAGAGGGUUGGGUGUAGUUUGUGUGGUUGUUUUCGGUGUAAUUUUUGUAUCUCUCCAAGAGGGGAAGGUAGUAGUUAGUUGUAUCCAUGGGUGUAUGAUAAAUGGUACGGUUUUUUGUGGAGAUGCAACGGGCAAUUUUUGGUACCUCUUGGAGAUCAAAGGUGUUUUGGUACCAUGAGCCAACAAGUUUUGGAGGACUACUUUUGCAGUUUUGGAGGUUGAUUAUGAUGCAACUGAGGAAAAUAUCAGAUGGAGUUAUGGGGUAGGCUUGUACUGUUUUGAGUGAUCCUGCUAAACGAGUUAACUAAGAUCUAUGGAGAAGCCGAGAUUGAUAAGUAUACUUUGUGGGACACAACAACCCUAAAGUGACCUCUAUGAGUUAAGUGAUAAAUAAGGGAGUGCAGUAAGAUUGUAAUGCAUCAAACUGCUGAGUUUUGAUCUCUGGCUGUGAAUUCUUGAGAUGUGGUUAUGAACCAGUAGAAAACACCACAGAGCAUGUCUUAAUAGUGUCAGACUAUCCAUUUCUUUGCUCUGUUCUAAAUUCUAAUGAGUUCAACACUUCCUUGUUGGGUUCUGAUGCGUGAUCUUUCCUGUAAAGUAAAUGAUGGGUGCUAGAGUUCACUGGUAGAUGUGGUGGCUUAUUGAUCCCAAACAUUUAUUUGGUGGGCCUACAAUUGGAGAGGGAGCUCAUGCCAAAGUGUAUGAGGGAAAUUUACUGGUGCUUGCAAGGAGCCUGUAAUGGUGAUAGUUACCGAGCUUUUAUUGGGAGGGACAUUACGUAAAUAGUUGCUAAGUUGUUUGGACUGGAAGCAGAACCACUCGGACUUGGGAUAUAUAUGCACAAUGAUGAGUUUUUAAAAAAAUAUGCUUUAAAUUUGGGCAGAUUGGAUUCAUUAAUUCUUGAUUUCCCUUGAAGUGAGUAAAUGAAGUGAGUAAAUGGCUAGUUGACCUGAAAAGAGUAACGGAUGUCCCUCAUGCAUUCAUAUGACAAAUCUCGUUUAAGAACAUUAACAAAUCACUUGGAUUAUGGACAGGUUGCUGUUGUUAUGGGUGUAAUUAAUGCUCCAAAUCUGGUCUGUUAAUAGCUUUAUCGUCCAAAAGUAAAGCCAGAACUUGAAGCUCUCGUAUCAUAUGUAGUCAUAGUGUUCUUCUUGCCAAAACUAUUUCCAGAAUUGGAUAGCCCAAAUAUCUCAGAACUUUCAGCUAAAUUGGCUAAAUGUAUGCAAAUUGUACAUGAUU